AUGGCGCAGCCCCGACGAGGACCCUCCCGCUCCGGCCCCCCCCAUCCCAACCCCCCCUCACCCCAUGGGGAUACCGAGGCCUCCGCUGCCCCCCCGGGGCUUCACUGCCAGGGGCGGGGCCCCCUGCGCCCGUCCCGGGGGGCGGGGGGGAGCGGGGGGGCGUGGCCGGAAGCGGCCGGGGACCACGCCCAAUCGGUGCGGGGGGUGUGGGAGGAGCUUCAGCUGCGGCUCCGCCUUCCUGGAGCAGCACCGGAAGCACGGGCGGGAGCGGAGCCACGUGGGGGAGCGGAGGGGACCAAUGGGAGCCGACUGCAGAGCGGGGAGGUGUGCGGGAAGAGCUUCGCCAGGAGCGGGGCGCUGCGGGAGCACUGCAGGAGCCACGGGGGCGGGGCCAAUGGGAAUGAGGGCGGAGCCAUUGGGAACGGGGGCGGAGCCAUUGGGAAUGGGACCGGAUCCAUUGGGAAUGGGACCGGAGCCGUCGGGAAUGGGACCGGAGCCAUUGGGAAUGGGACCGGAGGCAUCGGGAAUGGGACCGGAGCCAUUGGGAAUGGGACCGGAGGCAUCGGGAAUGGGACCGGAGCCAUUGGGAAUGGGACCGGAGGCAUCGGGAAUGGGACCGGAGCCAUUGGGAAUGGGACCGGAGGCAUCGGGAAUGGGACCGGAGCCAAUGGGAAUGGGACUGGAGGCGUCGGGAAUGGGACCGGAGCCGUCGGGAAUGGGGAUGGAGGCAUCGGGAAUGGGACCGGAGCCAUUGGGAAUGGGACCGGAGGCAUUGGGAAUGGGACCGGAGCCAUUGGGAAUGGGACCGGAGCCAUCGGGAAUGGGACCGGAGCCAUUGGGAAUGGGACCGGAGGCAUCGGGAAUGGGACCGGAGCCAUCGGGAAUGGGGAUGGAGGCAUCGGGAAUGGGACCAGAGCCAAUGGGAAUGGGACCGGAUCCAUUGGGAAUGGGACCGGAGCCGUUGGGAAUGGGACCGGAGGCAUCGGGAAUGGGACCGGAUCCAUGGGGAAUGGGACCGGAGGCGUCGGGAAUGGGACCGGAUCCAUUGGGAAUGGGGCUGGAUCCAUUGGGAAUGGGACCGGAGGCAUCGGGAAUGGGACCGGAGGCAUCGGGAAUGGGACCGGAGGCGUCGGGAAUGGGACCGGAUCCAUUGGGAAUGGGGCUGGAUCCAUUGGGAAUGGGACCGGAGGCAUCGGGAAUGGGACCGGAUCCAUCGGGAAUGGGACCAGAGCCGUCGGGAAUGGAGCCCGGAGGAGCUGGAGCUGCCGGGAGUGCGGGAAAGGAGCGGAGGAGCGGAGCGGGAAGAGGAGGGAGAGCGGGGGUGGAG